AUGUCUUACGCUAAACUCAAGAAUACUUGCAACGCCAGCACUUUGGCCGAGCAAAGUAACAAAAAACCGAAUUACACACCAGGCAAGGCGUUGAAGCAGACAUUCAAGUUAAUUAAAAGCGUCUUCAAGUCAACAACAGUCAGCAAAGCAGACGACAACAACAAUGUGAAGCAACAAAUCACAGUCACAAAACCACAAGCAGUAACUGAGAUGCCGCAAGCAGCAAUCGAGCCACUGCAACUUCAACACGAAGUCGAAGCGUCCGAACUCAACUCUAGCAUACUAACCACUUGCUCAACACUCAGCGCUGAGGAGUACGAGAACGAAUUGAAUGAGGUAGCUGAGUUGGUGACCGCAAACAAAUCGAUCAUUGUUGAGUAAACUGUUGACG